CCGGCGGCGGCAGGGAUGCAGCGCCCCGGGCCUUUCAGCACGCUCUACGGGCGGGUCCUGGCCCCACUGCCCGGGCGGGCCGGGGCCGGGGGCGGGGCCUCGUCGGGGGGCGGGGGGAGCUGGCGGGCGGGGGAACCGCACGUGCCGCCUCCCCAGCGCGAGCCCUCGGGCGGCGGGAGCAGACACUUAGUGGCCUCGGCCGCGGCCCCGGCGCGCGCCCCGCUCGCUCUCGCUCCCGCGCCCCCGCCCGUACCCACUGCCCGGACCAUGUCCAAGACCGAGGAAGCCAAGCGUUUAGCCGGCCGCGCGGCCGUGGAGAACCACGUGAAGAAUAACCAAGUGCUGGGCAUUGGCAGCGGUUCUACCAUCGUCCAUGCCGUGCAGAGGAUAGCUGAAAGAGUAAAACAAGAAAACCUGAAUGUUGUCUGUAUUCCUACGUCCUUUCAGGCCCGGCAACUCAUCCUUCAGAACGGCUUACCUCUGAGCGACCUGGACCGACACCCAGAGCUUGACCUCGCUAUCGAUGGUGCUGACGAAGUGGAUGCUGAGCUCAAUCUCAUCAAAGGCGGCGGAGGCUGUCUGACUCAGGAGAAAAUCGUAGCCGGCUACGCCAAGUGUUUCAUCGUGAUCGCCGAUUACAGGAAGGAUUCCAAGAACCUCGGCGACCACUGGGUGAAAGGAAUUCCCAUUGAGGUCAUCCCGAUGGCCUAUGUCCCCGUGACCAGGGCCCUGUCCCGCAUGUUUGGCGGAGUGGCCGAGCUGCGGAUGGCCGAGCGCAAGGCAGGUCCCGUGGUGACGGAUAAUGGGAACUUUCUGCUGGACUGGAAGUUUGACCGCGUGCAUAAGUGGAGUGAAGUGAACACAGCCAUCAAGAUGAUCCCAGGGGUUGUGGACACCGGUCUCUUUAUCAACAUGGCUGAAAGAGUCUACUUUGGCAUGGAAGAUGGCUCCGUCAGCAUCAGGGAGAGGCCGGCUCACUGACCGAGGCCCCUGCCGGUCACUGGGGCAGAGGAGCCUUAAUGUACUUGCCCCAGGAUGGCCGGUCAGAGCGUGGGGGUCUCCUGAAAUGUUGCUGAAUGCCCCUCUUGUUGUGUUUUUUUUUUUAAAGGAAACAGAAAAGCAUAUAUAUUUUUUCUAUCUAAAAACUCACUUUUUUAAAGGAAAAAAAACUUGAUUUCAUGUUUUAUAUGAAAUAUCAAAAAAAGAGAAAAAAGACAGUUUUUUUGAAUCCUUGACUUGAGGUGGCUGGUUUCUUAUUAAGUUUCUGAGUGUUUGGUUUUCCGGGAAUCCCCAAAUGUCAGCCACUGUGCCAGCCCGGUCUCUGAGGGGUUAUAGAUGCCUUACUGGAACCAUUGGCCAGCCGUGCGCCUUAGUUCUCCCUUUGAUGGUUUGUUUUGCGUUUACGUUUUAAUAGCUCCUACUUCGUAGUCACACUUUAAGAUGCUGAACCGAGCAGUGACCUUCAUGGACCUGCCAUCUCGACCUCAGUCCCAUCACCCCUUGGCCAAGUUUGGGCCACUCACCCAAAAUGGGGAGCCCGAUGCUGCUGGGAAGCACCUCCCUGUGGGGUGAGGGGGGUUCUUUUGCUGUCCACCUGGUUUGAAUCCUUUGUUUGCCAUGUUUGCUCUAAGGUGUAUCGCUCACCCAGGUGGGCAUCGGGUGCGUUCUGUGGGUGUUGGAAUAAAAUGGCUCAGUGCCACGUGAGGCUG